AUGCUUGCUCAAAAUCCACCUUCAUCGAAUUCAUUAUCUUCAUUAUUGCUACCUGAUGAUAAUGUAGUUGCAGCUGCAUCUACAUCAACUGAAGAAACCGGGACCAAGUUUAAUCAUGACAAAUCCUUAAAAUUUUUCAAAGAAAAUAAGGAUUGGAGUCUCUCCAAAUAUAUAGAUCAUAUGGAAUCUCAAUUAAAUGAUGUAGAGAAGCCAAUAUGUUAA